AUGGCUGACAAGCAUCUUACAUGGAUUGACUGGCCACACAACUAUGCACAAUAUAAAUCGGGGCAAACUGCCCCUCGCGUCGAGAAGAAUUCGAACUGCAAUUGGAGAAGCCCGUUCUAUAAUUUCUCAAAUUCGAACCUACAAACAUUACCGAACAGCAAUGAAAAUACCCAGUCUCAUCACUACCCAUCUGACCAGCAGACGGAGCCAUACGUACAGCUAGAGGACGUUCUGUCGUACCCUUCAUACAGGUGGGGGCCGUCACCACCUCGAGAAUAUCAAAGACAGACACCUUACGCUGAGAACUCCGAAUUGCCCACUACUUCACUUUCACAGCCCUCUCCGAAGCGUGGAACUGGUCGCCAGCUGCUGAACACAAUGCCGCAAUCGCAUUCGGAAUCGGAAGCUGCGAACGCCGCCAACGAUGCCUAUUCCGGCCCCAAUGCUAAAAGGCAGAGAGUUGAGGCACCUUUAAUCAUACAAGCUCCUUCUCAGACUUCACUAGAAGUGGCGUCGCCGGCUUACUCGCAAGUUCGAACACAGCCCGCCGUACGAAAUACCCAUUCUGGCACAGAUUACAAUACGCCCCAGACUCAUAACCCUCUUACUUCAGAGUCUACUACUCAACCUGCUAUGCAGCGCAUGUCACAACUAGUCCAGCGGCCAGGCUCUCAAUAUCUUGCGCCGGGUGAAACGAGACCUACGACACAAGCGCAAUCGCAAAGUUCUGAGUCUCCAGCGAUCGCCAAACAACGCGUCUCCCAAUACGCACUGCAGGAACACUCGAAAGCGGCGCCACUAGCUCUAUCAAGCACUAGGCCUCGAACCAUCGCGCAGCAGCUUUCGUGGCGCAAUUCACCAUGUGCCUCGCCGCAAACCGCAUUCCAGGUUCUUCCCACCACUGUCGCGCCUUCAACCACGCAGUAUACCGCACAACAACACCCUCAACCAGUCUCGCGGUCUGUUUCGCAACACUCUUCGCCAGAUCAAAAUCCUGCUCUUCUACAAAUAGUCGCAUUGUCGGACACUCAGCCUAAGCCGCCAUAUACCCGUUUACCGGAACUACUACCUCGAACCCUUACAAAUAUUCCACAGAUUUCUCGGGCUGCAGCUCAGCGGAACCCCAAACAAGCAUCAAAGCCUAUCGUCAAGUCUACUGCACAACGAGUCUCGCUACACGCAGCACAAGCUACCCCCCAGUUUCCUUCUCAAAAUACUUCACAACCCGGACCUUCUCUAACAGUGAAGACUGCCACAACAUCAGCACAGCAGCACUUAGCCCAGAAUCCAUAUAAUCAAGAGGCCACGUCUACUCAACCAACACAACCUAUAUCCCAGCCCUUACCGGAUAUAGCACAAGAACCUCAUUCUCAGCCUCUUGGUACUCGUGGAAAAUUCGCAGCUUACACAUUCCAAGCCGACGACCUUGCAGACAGGACGUUUUUGAGAAGCAGAACGGACAUAGUGAGCCCCUUGAAUGAGGCAGACGCCGCACAGAAAACCGCCUAUAACCCCAAGACGAUUGCCCGGGAUAUCCUCAUCGCUGCUGGUCGUCAUCCCACGGAGGCCCACUUAAAUCAUCAUCUGGAUUGUCUGCGCAGCAUAUUUACUCAAGUCGAAAUGAACUCCGACCUCGCUACGUUCCGAUGGGAUCUAGUGGACCCUAGUGAGCCGUCACGUGAGAUGAAAAUCAAGUCUUCUACUCAAAGCAACCCCCUGCAAACCAACCAAACAACCGCCCCACAUCCCGCAGCGCAAGUCGCGCUGCCCGUGAACAACACUUUCACUCCGCAGCAGUAUCCAGCCCAAACGCAACACAAUCCACCGCAGUCAAACUUGCAGCAAGUCCAGCCGCCUUCCCCACCUUCGCAACAGGCAGAUCUUCAAUAUAAACCUCAACCGAAACAGGAAGUCCAACCGCAGGUCCAGCUCCAGAGACAGCAGUCGCUGCGCUCGCAUGAUCUCCAGCGGGGUUCCCAGACACCAAAUACUGCGAACUCGAUGGAAAAAAAACGUCGUGGACGGCCACCUGGAAGCACAAACAAACCCAAGGUUGUUGUAGCUUCAGCCGCGCCACCACAGCGUACUUCGUCGUAUCCUGUAUUUGCGUGUCGUUGGGGUAACUGCCAGUCAGAGCUUCACAACCUUGAGCUGCUCAAAAAGCAUAUCUUCAAGAUCCAUGUUUCCUAUCAGAUUACCUGUGGAUGGAAAGGCUGCACAUUUACGGGGACACUGCCGGCCGCGGAGCUGAUGAAUCACGUCAAGACAGAGCAUCUUGAUUCUCUUGCGUGGAAGCUAGGCGACGGGCCGGCUGUGCUUACAAGUGUGGAUUGGGAUAUCUCAGCGGUGCCAUUGACCAUUCCCGAAUCAUACCAGCCUGGAACCGAGGAUACGCUAAUCUUCCCUGCCGAGUACAACUCUAUCCGCGCGUUUAAUAGAGUCCAUGGAAAUAAUUCGCAGCUGGAAAAAGCUCACGAGGUCUUCAAGGCAGUACAACGACUGAAAACACAGAUCGGUGUUGGGCUGGAUCCUGGGGGCUGUGAGCUAGCUACCCCUUUGCGCAAUCAGAGGGUGAGCAAUGACGAAGAUGUCUAUGAAGUACGACCAGCGUCUUGA